AUCAAAACUAGCCGUUGGCAAGGGUACUUCAUCAUGUAUUAGUUGUACACUGUGAGUCAGUGCUGUAGGCUCCUCUGCUUUCCUUUCCUUUGCUUUUGCUUCUCUCUCUCUCUCUCUCUCUCUCUCUCUCUCUCUCUCUCUCUCUGACUCUCUCGAAGAUGUUCACCGAAGGACUCGACGAGAGCGCAAUCCAAUGGAUCAAGCAGGGAUCAAAAGCACCACCUGAUGUUGAUGUCCAAGAGCCUCCUCUUCCUCAGGUACGCUCUCCUCUGGCCGAGAAAAUCAGCUGCAGCAGCAAUCGAUUCCCACGAUCUCCUCUCUUGAGCAGUGCCAACACUCUUAAUUCUCCCGUUCUCCCUCCGUUGAAGUUCCAUUCGGCUUUAUUACAACCGCGCAACCUCGCCUUUGCCGAUCACGAUGACAGUUACGAAAGCACGGAGGAUGCCAAUUUCUCCGAUGACGAAAUCUCUGCUCCCAACAACCUUGAUUUCUCGGACUCGCCAAUACCACACAAUUAUGACGAGGAACAAUUGUUUGGAUGCAAAGGCCGCAGAGGAAUUCUCAAGACUGGUUUGGCCAAUCAAAACCUAACCAUUCAGGUUCCCAACACUGUCAGAAGGUUCACAGAUGGAGAAAUGGGUUUCAAUAAAUGUCUUCAAAGGAACCUCACUCCAGCUGCCGCUGCUCCUGUUCAGCUUCAAAAGCAAGUUCACCUUCGCAAUGUGAAUUGCCCUGAUGAUGACACCGUUGGAUUGGGUACUCCAAGUGCCCCUCCCAUCAUUGAUUCUGAUUUUCCACUGGAGAGGGAUUCAGAAUGCUCCCUAAGGAACGAACCAACUGACCCUCCUGGAUCUUGGCCUUCAAGGGAAUCUCUGGAUUAUGAUGGCACAAAAAGUGAGACUUCCAUUGAACAAAAACCCAAGCCCGAGACGGUUGCUAAACCCACUGUCGCUGAGCUUGCUCAAAGACUGGACAAGACUUUUACAGAAGACAGAGAAAGACAGACCCCUCAUUUACAAUAUUACAACACUAGCAGUUGCAAUAGUCAAUACGCCUGGCAAACCCUUAUCACUUAUGAUGCCUGCAUACGUUUAUGCCUACAAGCAUGGGCAAAAGGCUGCACUGAGGCCCCAGAGUUUUUAAAAGAUGAGUGCCUAGCUCUCCGAAGUGCUUUUGGAUUGCAUGAGUUCUUGUUGCAACCUCGAGGUGUCAAGCCAACUGAAGGCAGAAAUACCAGGAAUUUGGAACAAACAGUUCCCCUGAAGAUUAAGAAAGUUGUAGGGAAAAUAAGAGUGGAAGUGAAGAAACUUCGCAUUAUACCAAGACAAAAACUUAACAUCACAAAGUCACAGCGAGGAUCAAUCUACAUGCAAACUGGGGUGGAGUACGUCCGGCAUGUUUCAUCUCUCGUGAAAAAUGGCAUUAAUUCUAUGAAGGCGGCCUCCUUCUCAUUGGCAUCUGAAGAGCCACUACAUUGUUCGAUCCAACUUAAGAGUACGAUGGAAGAAAAUGAAUCAGAGCCAUGUUCUGCAAUUCUUUUGCGCCCUGGAAGUGGAGAUUACCAUGAUUUUUUCCCAUUGAGCCAAGGGGACGCUUUAAUUGUAGAAGUCCAAGAUUCAAAAAAGGUAGUCCAUGGUGAAACCAGGAUUCCAAUUUCAUCCCUCGGUGAUAAUCCUAGUGACAGAAUUCGGUGGUGGCCAGUAUAUCAUGAUGAACGUGAAUGUGUUGGCAAGAUCCAGCUCUCUAUUGGCAGUACAAUGACAAGCGAUGAGAACAAUCACAUAAAGAGUGCGGCUGUUGUGGAAACUCAAGCUUAUGAUUUAUUAUUGGAGGGUGCCAUGCGUGCACAACAUUUCCACUCCCGAAACUUGCGGUUAAAUGGGCCUUGGAAAUGGUUGUUAGAUGCAUUUGCGGACUACUAUGGAGUUUCUAAUUCAUAUGCCAAGCUGAGAUAUCUAUUACAUGUGAUGAAUGUGGCAACUCCAACCAAGGACUGCCUAGAGCUUGGGAGAGAGUUGCUAGAACCCCUCAUAAAGGCCAGAAGUGAGAGGAGUCUGACCAGGCAGGAGAGAAGUAUACUUUCAGACUGUGAAACUCAAAUUGAAAGUCUUCUAGCGACAGUUUUCGAGAAUUACAAAUCGCUAGAUGAAAACUCACCAACAGGUUUAACAGAUCAUUUUGGUCCAGCAUUUGAUGCUGCUGCACCAGCUUUGGAUCCUGCUGUUCGAGUCUUCACAAGUCUUCAUGAUAUUCUAUCUCUAGAUGCUCAAACUAUUCUAAGAAACUAUCUUCAGACUGCAGCAAGAAAAAGGUGUAGAAAACACAUGAUGGAGACUGAUGAAUUUGUGUCAAGCACCUCUGAAGGUUACCUAAUGGAUACCAUUACCAUCUCAACAGCAUACCUGAAGAUGAAGAAUCUUUGUGUUUCAAUAAGAAAUGAAAUUCAAGCAGACAUAAAGAUCCACAACCAGCAUACGAUCCAUGGUCAGCAUAUAUUUCCAAGUUCAAUUGACCUGACAAACAUCACAGCAGCAGUUUACAGCACAGAGCUGUGUAAGAGACUGAGAGCUUUCCUUUCUGCAUUGCCACCAUCGAGUCCACAGGCACAUGUAAAUGAGCUUCUAGUUGCAGCGGCAGAUUUUGAACGGGAUUUGGAAUCAUGGAAUAUAAGUCUUGUGCAGGGAGGCGUAGACUCCAGAAAUUUGUUCCACAAUUAUAUCAUGGUGUGGAUACAGGAUAUGCAACUUAGUUUGCUUGAUUUAUGUAAAGCAGAAAAGGUGCCAUGGGCUGGAGUAACCACAAACCACUCCACCUCCCCAUUUGCUGAGGAAAUGUACGAGAAAAUCAAAGACAACCUUACCCAGUAUGAAGUUGUAAUCAACAGAUGGCCUCAAUACUCACUUUAUUUGGAAAAUGCUGUUGCAAACAUUGAAAGGGCAAUUGUGAAAUCCCUCGAAAAACAAUACAGCGACAUACUAACUCCUUUGAAAGAUAGCAUACAAAAGAGACUUCACUUGCAAGUUCAAAAGAUAGCAAGAAGACAAUCAGCUACUGUUCAUUUGGUUCCUAAUCAAUUGGGAAUAUUCUUGAAUACCCUCAAGAGGAUUCUUGAUGUCCUUCAUUGUAGAGUGGAAGACAUCCUAAAUUCAUGGGCAUCCUGCCUACCUGUCAUUGGAGAUAAGAAGACACUGUUUGGGGAGCAAAUGAAUGGAAUCACUGUUCUCUUGAGAACCAAAUACAAAACUUAUUUGCAAGCAAUAAUAGGGAAUCUUGUCAACAGUACAAAAGCUAAUCGGAACACAAGGCUGAAAAAGAUCCUUGAGGAAACAACAGAAACAGAUGGAGAAGCAGAAGUGCGUGAAAGAAUGCAGUUGCUGAAUUCACAACUUACUGACUUCAUCUCCAAUCUGCAUGAGGUCUUUACCAGCCAGAUUUUUAUAGCAAUAUGUCGUGGAUUAUGGGAUAGGAUGGGACAGAUUAUUUUGAAAUUUCUCGAAGGGAGGAAAGAAAACAGGAUAUGGUACAACGGCUCUUCAUAUGCUCUGGGGAUAUUGGAUGAUACCUUUGCUUCCCAAAUGCAACGAUUACGAGGAAAUGCGUUGCAAGAGAAGGAUAUUGAGCCUCCUCGCUCAGUGAUUGAAGCUCGAUCUAUUCUUUGUAAAGACACGGCAAAUGCAACCGAUACAUCUAAUUACUUCUAUAUAUGAUUUAGCUUUAUAUAUAUAUAUAUAUAUAUAUAUAUAUAUGCCAAAUUUCCUUGCUGUGCUUGAAAUGUCCAUUCCACUGUACAUGAUCGUCAAGUCAAAUAUAAACGUGGUAACGUUUUUCUUUUGGGGGGAGGGGGAUUCAUUUUAUUCUUUUGCAUGUAAAUGUAAUAAUGUGACUCUUGUUCAGACUUCAGAGGUUGAAUAACGUGAUAGAGGGGCUCUAUUAUUCUUCUUGUUUAUUUCCUAUCAA